GUUCGCACGAGCUUCCGGUAUCCACACCGUCUAACACAGUGAAUCAUGGGAGACGAGUUAUUGCCCCAUUUCUGACAUUACAAAAGGCGUUGGACUAAACUACAUCUCCCACAAGAAGCCUCUCCUCACUCCAAGGAAAGCCCGUUCUGUCAGAGCCUUCGCUAAGCUCCAGCCUCUUCUUCUGCUCUCCGUGUUAUUGAGGAGGAGCGGAGAGGAGGCGGAGGAUCCGCGGGCAUGGAGUAAAGCACCAGCUCCUCUACCCCUGGACAGACGGAACCGCACGAGCAGCAGUAUACCGGCGGAGGCGGACAAGAGCGCGGUCAUGCUGCACGCGCGCACAAGAGUCUGAAAGCGUCCGCCGUUAAAGAUGUCCGCGGAGCAGCAGCGCGACCUGACGCGGGCGGAGGUGCAGCGGCUGUCCCGGGAGCUGGCCGAGACCACGCGGGAGAAGAUGCAGGCGGCGGAGUACGGGCUCGCGGUGCUGGAGGAGAAGCAGCGGCUGAAGCAGCAGUACGACGAGCUGGAGGCGGAGCACGAGAGCGUGCGCCAGGAGCUGGAGCAGCUGCGAGAGGCGUUCGGACAGGCCCACUCCAACCACAGGAAGGUGGCGGCUGACGGCGAGAGCCGCGAGGAGUCGCUCAUCCAGGAGUCGGCAUGUAAGGAGGCGUAUUACGAGCAGCGCAUGCAAGAGCUGCAGUCUGAGCUGCGACAAGCACGUAACAUCCUGACCAACGUCCAGUCAGAGAACGAUCGGCUCGCCACCAUCACUCAGGAGCUCCGAGAGAGCAGUCAGAUGGUGGAGCUGCAGAGGUCUCGCCUGCGCGACGACAUCAAGGAGUUCAAGUUCAGAGAGGCUCGUCUGCUGCAGGACUACAGCGAGCUCGAGGAGGAGAACAUCACCCUGCAGAAGCAUGUUUCUGUCUUAAAACAGAGCCAGGUUGAGUUUGAGGGUCUGAAACAUGAAAUCCGUCGUCUGGAGGAAGACACCCAGUUUCUGAACAGCCAGUUGGAAGAUGCCAUCCGUCUGAAGGAGAUCGCUGAGAGACAGCUUGGGGAGGCGCUGGAAACCAUCAAGACUGAGAGGGAGCAGAAGGCCGCCUUAAGAAAGGAGUUGUCGCAGUACAUGACCAUCGGAGACUCGAUGUACCACAGUCCCUUGAGCAUCUCCCUCGAUGGGCUGAAGUUCAGCGACGACACCUCGAUCGAGCCCAACAACGACGAACCCCUCCACGUCUACGAGAAUGGCUUCGACAAGAUCGCCAACAAAGACAACCGUGUUUCCACGCCCAAAAAAGGAGAGCUGUUCCACCCUUCCUCCAGCCUCGUGGACAAUCUGCUGAAUGAGCUCAACAUCUCAGAGAUAAAAAAAAUCAAAAAACAUCCACAGCAUGUGGAGCGGGAGAAGGUGACGCUGCUGUCGAGCCUGCAGGAGUCUCAGAAGCAGCUGGAGCAGGCUCAUGGAGCGCUGUCUGAGCAGCACGAGAAGGUCAGCCGUCUCACCGAGAACCUCAACGCCGUCCGCAAACUCCAGGCCAGCAAAGAGCGCCAGUCCGCUCUGGACAACGAGAAAGAUCGCGACAGCCACGAGGACAGCGAAUACUACGAGGUGGACAUCAACGGAUGAUUUUAAAGGAAAAAAAAUCUAAUCUUAGAAUGUGGAUACGACGUCGCUGUGUCUGAGGCAAGUCAACUGAAGGAGGAGCUCAAAACGUUAAAGGCAGAACAUUCAGCCUGUCAGUCCCAGUAUAAGGAGGAGCGGGCACAGCUGGAGAGCCAGGUUGCAUCUUUAAGCACACAGGUCACUUCUCUGGAGCGCAGCAGCAGAGCCGACCGCGAGCAGCUGGCACGGCUGGAGAAAGAGCUCCGUCAAGCCAGCGAAGUGGCAGGCGAAUCCCAGGGCAGCCUAAACAUUGCACAAGACGAGCUUGCCACCUUCAGCGAGGAGCUAGCCAACCUCUACCAUCACGUGUGCAUGUGCAACAACGAAACGCCGAACCGCAUCAUGCUCGACUACUACCGCGAAGGUAAGGCUGGCGUUAAUGGCACACAGAACACAGGCUGGGGCAGCCCUGAGGGUCGCGGCCGCCGCUCUCCCAUCCUGCUGACCCGCGGCCUCUUCCCCAGCGACGGAGCUUCGUCUCCGGUCUCCUCCGUCCCGUCCCCGGUGGCUGAUCCCCGCAAAGAGCCCAUGAACAUCUAUAACCUGGUGGCUAUCAUCCGUGACCAGAUCAGACACCUGCAGCUAGCGGUGGACCGCACCACCGAGCUCUCGCGCCAGCGCAUGGCUUCCCUUGAGCUGGGUCUCGGGGCGGACCGAGACCAGGAGGCCAGCGUGGAGGAGAUCCUCAAACUCAAAUCACUCCUCAGCACCAAGAGGGAGCAGAUAGCCACGCUGAGGACCGUCCUGAAGGCCAACAAACAGACCGCUGAGGUGGCGCUGGCCAACCUGAAGAGCAAAUAUGAGAACGAAAAGGCCAUGGUGACUGAAACCAUGAUGAAGCUUCGCAACGAGCUCAAAGCCCUAAAGGAGGACGCGGCCACUUUCUCCUCGCUCAGGGCCAUGUUUGCCACGCGCUGUGACGAGUACGUGACUCAGUUGGAUGAGAUGCAGAGGCAGCUGGCUGCUGCGGAGGAUGAGAAGAAGACACUGAACUCCCUCCUCCGUAUGGCCAUCCAGCAGAAGCUGGCGCUCACCCAGCGCCUGGAGGACCUGGAGUUUGACCCCCAGCUGAACCGACCCGGCGGAGCCAGCGGCCGCUCCAAGACCACCGCCUCCUCACGUGGGAAGCCCACCCACUCCCACGUAAGUCACCCUGCCGCCGCCACCUGCGGGGGUCGAGCCGAGCCCAACGGCCUCCUGGGAACGCCGGUGGUGUUCUGCAGCGAGAAGUACAAGAUCUACUGCGACUGAAGCUGCGCGAGCCUCGUCAGCCGUUGUACAAAGCUCCACUCUCGCUCUCUCUUGCUUGCUGUGUGCUAACCCAUAUCCGUGUGUUUAGGGCUAAAUAUGGUCAUGCCUGCUAGCAUCCUCGUAGCCACGUGCAUGUUGUAGUGCUAGCUAAGGGCAGAAUGAGAUAACGUUUAGUCUUAUAGGUUCUUAAAGGUGAAGUGUUUCUGCUAGCGGCACCAAACCUAGUUGCACAAUUUUACAGCUCAAGGCAGUGUUUCUAGAUUAGACGUGAAUGAGAGUGCUAGCCAUAGGAUUGUUGAAUUGUGGUCACAAGUCAAUAGCCAUUCGCCCUUGUCCUCUGUCCAUCUCUCUCCUGCCUCUGAAAUCAGCAGCCCGUCCAAUCAGGUGACUCGUGUGUACAUGCCCGACCAAACUAAAUAUGCAAACCUCCUCCCUGCCUCGUUGAUGUGCAGGAAAACUCAUAGAAGUAUGCCAUUUUUGUUUUGUUUUUGCAAGAAAAUAGAAAUAACAUAAAAUGAAAAUCGACGGGUUGGAGAGUGUGUGUUUUGUUUUAACGAUGUCACUCGUGAGGCAGGCGGGAACGACGCGAGUUCAUAAAUCAGUAUGCGCCACGAAGCCAGUGGGCUUCUGACUUGCUUUUUCAUUAGAUGUCUGGCUGCAGAACUGACAGCUUUAAUAUGUCUUAGACUCGAUUACGUUUACUUGAGCACACACGGCUUUACACGGUGAAGUCAUGGUGAAGGGCUUGCUUCAUGCUGUCAACUUUCCAUUGCAGAUGAAACAUUAGAGAGGCCUUAUCUGUUGUUUCUGUGCUCUAAAUAGUGUGGCCGUCUCAUUUCAAACAAAAGAAUCAAAA